ACUAUUACCGCUAAGUGUCUAAAAGCCGCGCCCCAAAAAUUUUACGUGCCGCUAGAUUAACGGUGGUUUGAGGAAGAGCAUUGACGGCGAAACGGGACUGGAUUCUCCGGAGCGCCUGUUCUACCUCGAAUAACGCUAAAGCUCGUAAUUCAAGAAGUCCAUAUACAGAAAGGAACAACGAACUGAGCUGUGCACAUUCUGUAUGAAUAAACAGCACAGAUGUCUAACACACGCAACAUAAUAAAAGCCAAACUGGAGCGCACAAAACAGCUUGUUGCUGAGAUGCAUGAAGAAAAAAGAAGAAAACAAGAAGAAAGAAAAAAGAAAGAGUGUGAGGUACAGCAAAUGGCAGCGAGUGAAUCAGAAGACUUAGACUUGGAUAGAAAGAGAAGAGAGAUCUCUCAAGAACUGCCUUUAGUGCAGCCACUCCAGCUUUUAACAUGGGAUGCCUGUUAUUUUCAUUAUUUAGUCCCAACCCCUAUGUCUCCCUCUUCGCAAUCAGUGAGCGCUUCCAGUGAGAACGGGAGCCAGGAGUCAGUGGAGGGAGGAACCUUGGCUAGGACUCUGCAGUGGGACAUGGACCCCUCAGCUCUUCAGCUCCUAGCAGACUCAGAGCACAGGUACAGAAUGCAGAGACUUGAAGCAUCAGAGAUUGUACAGAUUGAUUACAUGCCCAGAGAACUAGUGACAUACUGUAAAGAGACCCAGACUCCUGUAGCACCAAACCUGUCUGAAGAAGAGGAGGAGGAUGAAGAACUCCCUGUGGUCAAUCCCAAACCUGAAUCUGAAGAACAUGUGGUGGAGGACAAUCAGGAGGCUAUGCAAGAACAUUCUAAGGAGCUCACAGAGGAGGAGAAGCAGCAGAUUGUUCACUCAGAGGAUUUCCUGAUCUUUUUUGACCGUAGCAUUCGGGUGGUGGAGCGAACACUAGCUGAGGACUUGGACAUUUUCUUUGACUAUAGUGGACGUGACAUGGAAGACAGAGAGGGAGACACGCAAGCUGGAUUAAAUCUGUCCUUCAGCCGACAAUUCUAUGAUGAGCAAUGGUCCAAACAUCGAGUCGUCACCUGUCUGGAUUGGUCACCACAGUAUUCAGAAUUGCUGAUGGCUUCAUACAAUGCCAAUGAGCAUGCACCACAGGAUCCAGAUGGAGUUGUGCUGGUGUGGAACAUGAAGUUUAAGAAGACAACCCCAGAAUACAUAUUCCACUGUCAGUCCUCUGUGAUGUCAGUGGGUUUCGCAAUGUUUCAUCCAAACCUCGUAGUUGGGGGCACUUACUCUGGCCAGAUAGUAUUGUGGGACAAUCGGAGCCACAGGAGAACUCCAGUACAAAGGACACCAUUAUCUGCUGCUGCUCAUACUCAUCCUGUGUCCAGCAUAAACGUGGUGGGAACCCAAAACGCCCACAACCUGAUCACUGUAUCCACAGAUGGCAAGAUGUGCUCCUGGAGUUUAGAUAUGCUCUCUCAGCCACAGGACAGUAUGGAACUAAACUAUAACAAGUCUAAGGUAGUAGCUGUGACUGGAAUGGCUUUUCCUGCUGGUGACGUGAAUAACUUUGUGGUGGGAAGUGAAGAAGGGACAGUGUACACGGCUUCACGGCACGGCAGUAAGGCUGGUAUUAAUGAGAUGUUUGAGGGCCACCUGGGGCCAGUGACUGGCAUCAGCUGCCAUAAUGCUGUGGGUCCCAUUGAUUUCUCCAACCUCUUCACCACCUCAUCCUUUGACUGGACUGCCAAACUGUGGUCAACUAAAAAUAACAAACCGCUCUACUCAUUUGAGGACAAUGUUGACUACGUCUAUGAUGUUAUGUGGUCUCCUAUGCACCCAGCUGUCUUUGCUACAGUGGAUGGAGUGGGUCGCUUGGACAUCUGGAAUCUUAAUAAGGACACAGAAGUUCCUACAGCAAGUGUUACAGUGGAGGGCUCUUGUGCUCUGAACCGGGUCAGAUGGGCAUCAGGGGGCCGAGAAGUAGCAGCAGGUGAUUCUGAGGGUCGAGUCUGGGUCUAUGAUGUUGGAGAGCAAUUGGCAGUGCCACAUUCAGAGGACUGGAGCCGACUUGCACAAGUUCUCAUGGAGAUCCCAGCAAACAUUGAUGGAGAAGGUGCCAUAGAAGUAACCAACUGAGAGCAUAGAUGUGCUACAAAAGCAGAACACACAUAGACAUAUUUAUGUUCAAUAAUAUUAAGCUAUUAGAACAGAUGAAAGAAUUGACUGUUAAAGUUCCACUGCUGAACUUUAGUUAUUGGUCUUCCCGAAUUCUUCUUCUUUUUUUAACUGUUUUUAUUCAUGUGAUGAAGAAAUUAAACAUGAACAAAGAAAAAUGGCUCUUUAUAUAUAAUAAAAUUAUAUUAAAUAUUUAUUGAUGAAUCCAUAAACAUAUUCAGUAGUUAUUGAACAAAACAUCUUUGAAAAGUGUGUUUAAAAUCCUGUUCAAAAAGUAAAAGUGCAUCAACACUGAGUGUUUUCCAUCCAAACUAUAUGAACAAAAAGUUAAAAAGUAAUUACUAAAUGCAAGUAAUUGUAUCAGGAAUGCUAUUAAAGAUGGUAUCAAGAUGCUAUUAAA